UCCGGCAAAGAUUUUCCCGCAUUUGAUAGUGAAUUGCAAGAUCUUAUAGAGCCCGACAAAGGUUUUCCCGCAUUUGAUAGUGAAAUGCAAGAUCUUAUAGAGCCCGGCGAAGGCUUUCCCGCAUCU